AUGUUUUUUGAACUAGAAGAUUUAUAAAGAAGACAUUCAUAAUAUUGGGAUAUUUAUAAUGUAUAAGGUUGGGUGAGAAGAAAAGAUUCGACAUUUUUAAACAAUGCAUAUCGUGGAGCAGUAGUAGGAACUGUAAGUUAAUUAAUAUAAGAGAACAUAACAGCAUUAAUUGAUAACUGUCGUUUAUUAGCAAAUAAGUAUGAGAAACCAAAAAAUAUAUCAGAAGCCGGAGUAUUUUUAAAAGAAGUUUUUAAAUUAAAGAAUUACUAAAAAUCAGUAGUAAAUAGAAGUAUGUAUGCUUUAUGUUCAGGAACUUUUGAUUGGGGAGCUCGUUUAGCAGCAUUUAGAUGGGUAAAUAAUGGAUGGUAAAGACCUUUUGCUGGAUUCGAAUAUAAUUUUAUAAGAAAAAUACCAGGAUCUAUAUUUGCUGCAUUAUUAACAGCCCCAAUAGGUAUUCCUUUUGAAAUGGCAAGAUAUGCUUAUUAUGCUGACAAAACAUUCCCUAAAGAAUUACAAAGAGGAUAUUCUAAUUACUUGAGUGCCCUUUUCAGAAUUCCUUUAGAGGAGGGCCCAUACUACUUAUUCAAAAAUACAUCACCUCUUUUCUUAAGAAACUUUUUUUAGACAUAUACACUUCUAUAUACUUAUGAUUUUCUAUAAGAUAAAAUGUCUUUUAUUUGGAGAGUUGGUGAAUAAUCUGAACUUGUUUGGAAAGGAGUCAUCGCAAGUUUAUCUACUUUAUUUGCUUGUUUAACUUCAUAUCCUUUCAUGGUUGCUAGAGAAAUGGUUGAUUUCUGGCCUAAAUAAAAUGGCGUUUGCCCAUGGAAUGGUAAUUAUAGAAAAGCUUCUGUAUGGAUUUACUAUCAUGAAUUAUCAAGCAAUAUAUUUGCUGGUAUGUUUUCUAAUUAUUUCUUUAAGGUAGCCCCUUCUAUGUUCAUUUCUUUAAUGUUAGCUGAUAAAUUUGGUAUAUUUGAAUAUACUGUUGUUGAUAUGUUUAGCGGAGCUGGUAACAACUCAUGGGAAGAUACCUUCGUUUGA